AUGACAACCUCUGCUCCUCAUGAACUGUCCUUGAGCGAAACCUAUCUUCCUCCUGUGAACAAAAACAUGAGACACCUAGAUCGUUCUUUCUUUUACAAGGAAGUCCCACUAGUUGCUUUGUAUUUUGAAGAUCCCAAGCUCAUCAACGACUUUAUUAAGAACCAUAAGGAUGUGUUGCUAGGAGUCAGAUCUGUGCCAAAUCUAGUCAAAGUGCCUAACAUAAAAGAGCUUUUAACCAAAAAUGAUAUUAAAACCACAAAUCUUCAUGAAUUGAAGUCUCAAGUUUCUACUGAAAUAUUUCACUAUUUAACUGCCAAUCAAACAUUAUUGUUUCCAUACACCUUAAAAUUGGAUUAUUCCUUUUGGAAAACUGAUGAGAUUUUAAAUGCAAUCCUACCCAUACAAAAUGAAGAAAAUCCUCCAUCAUCGUUCACUACAACAGGUCAUAUUGCUCAUAUGAACCUCAAAGAAGAAUACUUACCUUAUAAAAACUUGAUUGGCCAAGUUAUCUUGGAUAAAACUAAAGCUAUAAAAACUGUUGUUACAAAAACAAACUCAAUAGAAACAAAAUUCAGAACUUUUCCAAUGGAAAUCAUUGCAGGAGAAAACAACUUUGAUGUUGAACAAAAAGAAUCAAACUGUAUUUUCAGAUUCAACUUUGAAAAAGUUUAUUGGAACUCUAGACUACAUACUGAACAUGAUAGAUUGAUUAACUUGUUUCAGCCUAAUCAAUUGAUUUGUGAUGUUAUGGCUGGCGUUGGUCCCUUUGCUAUACCUGCUGCUAAAAAAAAAUGCGUUGUUUUGGCCAACGAUUUGAAUCCUGAAAGUUUCAAAUAUUUAAAAAUCAACAAUAAAUUAAAUAAAACAGAAAAAUUUGUCCAAUGUUAUAAUCUCGAUGGUAACGAUUUCAUAAAAAAUUGCACUCAAAAUUUAAUUGUGUUUUUAUCAAAACAUUUCGAUAAUACAAUCAUUGUAAAAAAAGAGAUUAGAAAUAAAAAACAAAAAAAAAACGAUGGAGAAAUAUCUCAUUUGGAAACUAUCAAAUUAAAAAUCCCAAAUUUUUAUUCUCAUUUUAUAAUGAAUUUGCCUGAUUCUGCACUUGAAUUCUUACCAUCCUUUAUUGGCUGCUACUCAGAUAUCAAUUACCAAAAAUUAAUUCAAUCUGACGCUUCUUUCAAGUUACCUUAUAUCCAUGUUUACUGCUUUGAAAAAUUCUCUCCCUCUGAAAAGCCUGAACCAUCAAUUGAAGAAUUGCAGCAAAGAAUUUAUCUCAAAAUUAUAAAUCUUUUAAAUUGCAAAAAAAUUGAUGCAAAGUUUCAUUUGGUAAGAAAAGUCGCACCAACUAAACCAAUGUUUUGUGUGUCUUUUUUGCUACCUGAAUGUGUAGCUUUCAAAAAGCAUUUCAACUCCUGA